AUGUCGGCAUCGAUAACUACUGUGCCUUCAUCAUCAGGCAGCACCGAGCCGUCGACAUCAUCGCAAGCUAAGAAGACACAAGUGAUAUUUUUGCAACGACCACCGAAGUUGAUUAUUAGUCGUAAUGGUGGUGAAACGGUACAACAUUUCAUUCUCACACAGCAACCAAUAGUUAAUG